AUGACAGAUACACCCCCCAAGGCCAUGGGACAGGAGCCCAAGAGCCCUGAGCCAUCGAGUCCAACGUAUCGGAGGACACCAUCGCCUGUGCAGCACGAGCCUGGAGAGGGCGAGUUACAGCCAGGUGAACAUUGGACUGAGCAGGGUCUUCCCGAGAACGAUAACGACUCGGCACUCGGCGAUAAUACCACCAGCUCUACUGCCUCCAUUUCAUCCAGCAUCCUCGAGUACCGUGAGCUCAACGGACGUACAUACCAUAGCGAUCGCGGGAGCCAUCAAUAUUGGGGUCCUAACGACGAGCAACAAAAUGAGACACUUGACAUUCAGCACCACGUUUUUACCCUCGCCAUGGACGGCCAGCUGCAUUUCGCGCCUCUCUCAGACAAGAUAGAAAAGGCAGUUGAUAUUGGAACUGGUACUGGUGUUUGGGCAAUCGAUUUUGGCGACCAAUAUCCCAAUGCCGAAGUGAUUGGUACCGAUUUGUCUCCUAUCCAGCCAAGCUGGGUUCCUCCCAAUGUGCAUUUCGAGAUUGACGACUUUGCACAAGACUGGACUUUCAAAGACGGCUCGAUUGACUUUAUCCACACACGUUGGCUCAUUGGUUCCGUGACUGACUGGACGGCACUUUUUAAGAAGGCAUAUAUGGCUCUCAAGCCCGGCGCUUGGCUUGAGUCUUUCGAGGUCAAUGGUUUCUUCGAGUCGGACGAUAAUACCCUUCCCGACAAAUCUGCGCUGGCUCAAUGGGGCAUGAUCUUCAGAGAGGGUGCCAAGAAGUUAGGGUCCACAGCGUCAUUUGCCGUGGUGCGCGACCAAUUGCAACGACAGGCAAUGGAGGCGGCUGGCUUUGUCAACAUCCAGGAAAAGGCUAUCAAGCUUCCAACUUCUGGCUGGCCUAAGGAUCCUGAACUGAAGAAGAUCGGCCAGUUCACCCAAGCCGCGAUUGAGAACGACAUUGAAGGGGCAGUGGGUUUUAUGGCGACACAGAUUGGCUGGUCCCAGGAUGAGAUCAGGGUGUACGCUGCCCAUUUACGCAAAGAACUGCGAAGCAAUCAGCAUCAUUCUUACUACCGUGCCAAUGUCAUGUGGGCUCAGAAGUCAAAGGAGCCUUGA